AUGGCUUCGGGAGCGGCGCAGACGCCGCAAGAGGCAAGCAGUGGUGGACCCAAGGGCCCCGUCAUCAUCGUCGGCGCCGGGCUGGCCGGGCUGGUGGCGGCGUUCGAGCUGUCGCAGCAGAACAUCCCCACGCUGCUGCUGGACCAGGAGAACGCGGAGAACCUCGGCGGGCAGGCGUUCUGGUCGCUGGGCGGCCUGUUCUGCGUCGACUCGACCGAGCAGCGGCGCAUGGGCAUCAAGGACUCGCGCGAGCUGGCCAUGCGCGACUGGCUCGGCUCGGCGCGCUUCGACCGUGAGAAGGAGGACUACUGGCCGCGCAAGUGGGCCGAGGCCUUUGUCAAUUUUGCUACUGACGAGAUGGAGAGCUACGUCAAGGCGCGCGGCCUUGGCUUCAUGAUCAACGUGGGCUGGGCUGAGCGCGGCGACGGCCGGGCUGACGGCCACGGCAACUCUGUCCCGCGCUUCCAUCUCACCUGGGGCACCGGUCCCGAGGUCGUGCGUGUGUUUGCGGAGCCGGUGAAAGAGGCCGAGAAGAAGGGAAUCGUCGAGUUCAAAUUCCGGCACGUGGUCGACGAGAUAAUCGUCGACGAGACGACGGGCCGCGCAGUCGGUGUGAAAGGGCGCGUUCUCGAGCCCGAGGAGACGGCGCGGGGUGUGAAGUCGUCGAGGACCGUCGUUGGCGAGUUCGAGAUUUCCGGAUCUGCCGUGCUUGUGUCGUCUGGGGGCAUCGGCGGCGAUGUGGAGAAGGUCAAGAAGUUCUGGCCCGUGGAUCGACUCGGCCCCGCCAUCCCCAAGAGCUUCGUGGUUGGCGUGCCUGCCCAUGUCGACGGCCGCAUGAUCGACAUUGCCGAGAAGACGGGGGCCAACGUCAUCAACAGGGACAGGAUGUGGCAUUACACCGAGGGGCUCAAAAACUGGAACCCCAUCUGGCCGGCCCACGGUAUUCGCGUGCUGCCAGCGCCGUCGUCACUCUGGCUCGACGCCACGGGCAAGAGACUACCACCGUUUUUGUUUCCCGGGUCCGACACGCUUGCCACGCUCAAAUACAUCUGCAGCACGGGAUACGACUACACGUGGUUCAUAGCCGACCAGAGCAUCGUGGCCCGCGAGUUCGCGCUGUCGGGCUCGGAGCAGAACCCCGACUUCACGGGCAAGAGCGUGUGGCAGCUUUUCAUGCAGCGCGUCUUCAGCUCCAAGGGCACGACUCCCGUGCAGAACUUCACCAAAUACGGCGAGGAUUUCGUAGUCAGGGACAAUCUCGAGGACCUCGUCGCGGGGAUGAACGAGCUGGCGGCCAAUUCGGGCGGGCUGCAGCUGGACCCGGCCAAGGUCAGGGAGGUGGUCGAGACGCGCGACGGGCAGUUCGACAACACGUACUCCAAGGACGCGCAGGUGAUGCUGAUCCACAGCGCGCGCACCUACUGGCCCGACCGCCGGAUCCGCAUCGCCGCGCCCCACAAGCUGCUCGACACCAAGAAGCACGGCCCGCUGAUCGCCGUGCGCAUGAACCUGCUCACGCGCAAGACGCUCGGCGGCAUCGAGACCAACCUGAGCAGCAACGUGAUGCGCGCCGACGGCACGGCGUUCCCGGGGCUGUACGCGGCGGGCGAGGUUGCGGGCUUUGGCGGCGGCGGCGUCCACGGGUACAGCUCGCUCGAGGGCACCUUCUUGGGCGGGUGCAUAUUUUCUGGGAGAGCCGCGGGCCGCGCGAUCGCGGAUGAGGUGCGGGGGGCUGCUGCUGUAAGCGCUGUAGCGAGCAAACUGUGA